CUCCGUUCCAGCGGCGCGGGCACCGAUCCAUCUCCAAGAAAAGCUCUGUAACGGGAAGCAGAGGCCAGGGUACCGGGCAUCCAGCUCCAAUUCCACGUCCUCCGCGCGCAGCCCAGGAUUCCGCGCUGCCUGCGCCCCGCGCUCCACCCGCCACACGCGCGCUCCCACCUAAGCGGGACCGGAGCGGGUGCCGGGGGAGCGAGGGCCCCGCCAGAGUCGGGGGCGCCAUGGAGGUGGAGGAGGCGUUCCAGGUGGUAGGGGAGAUGGGCAUCUACCAGAUGUACUUGUGCUUCCUAUUGGCGGUGCUGCUGCAGCUCUAUGUGGCCACGGAGGCCAUCCUCAUUGCGCUGAUCGGGGCCACGCCGUCAUACCACUGGGACCUGGCAGGGCUCCUGGCCAAUCAGAGCCACGGCGGCCAGAGGGCUGGUGAAGACCGGGCCCUCGGAGCCUGGCUCCUGAGGGCCAACGGCAGCGAGAUCCACAAGCACGUGCACUUCAGUGGCAGCUUCACCUCCAUCGCCUCCGAGUGGUUUUUAAUUGCCAACAGAUCGUACAAAGUGAGCGCAGCGAGCUCUUUUUUCUUCAGCGGCGUGUUUGUGGGAGUGAUCUCGUUCGGUCAGCUUUCGGAUCGCUUCGGGAGGAAAAAGGUCUACCUCACAGGUUUUGCUCUUGACAUCUUAUUUGCUAUUGCAAAUGGGUUUUCCCCCUCGUACGAGUUCUUUGCAGUCACCCGCUUCCUGGUGGGCAUGAUGAACGGAGGGAUGUCGCUGGUGGCCUUUGUCCUGCUGAACGAAUGUGUGGGCACCGCCUACUGGGCACUCGCAGGGUCGAUCGGCGGCCUCUUCUUCGCGGUCGGCAUCGCCCAGUACGCGCUGCUGGGGUACUUCAUCCGCUCCUGGAGGACCCUGGCCGUGCUUGCUAACCUGCAGGGAACGGUGGUCUUCCUCUUGUCCUUAUUCAUUCCUGAAUCACCUCGUUGGUUAUACUCCCAGGGUCGCCUGAGUGAGGCGGAAGCGGCUCUGUACCUCAUUGCCAAGAGGAACCGCAAGCUCAAGUGCACAUUCUCCCUGACACAUCCGGCCAACAGGGACUGCAAGGAGACUGGAAGUUUCCUGGACCUGUUCCGGCACCGGCUCCUCUUGAGGCACACUCUGACCCUGAUGUUCAUCUGGUUUGUGUGCAGCCUGGUGUAUUACGGCCUGACCCUGAGUGCAGGUGAUCUAGGUGGGAACAUGUACGCCAACCUGGCCCUGUCUGGCCUCGUAGAGAUCCCGUCCUACCCUCUUUGCAUCUACCUGAUUAACCAGAAAUGGUUCGGUCGGAAGCGGACGUUAGCAGCCUCCCUGUGCCUCGGAGGACUGGCUUGUCUCCUCGUCAUGUUUCUUCCAGAGAAGAAAGACACAGGUGUGUUUGCCGUGGUGAACGGCCAUUCCUUGUCUCUGCUGGGGAAGCUGACCAUCAGCGCCGCCUUUAACGUAGCGUAUAUCUACACCUCUGAGCUCUACCCCACCGUCAUCAGGAAUGUUGGGCUUGGGACGUGCUCCAUGUUCUCCCGAGUCGGCGGGAUUAUUGCUCCCUUCGUCCCCUCACUGAAGUAUGUGCAGUGGUCUUUGCCUUUCGUUGUCUUUGGAGCCUCGGGCCUGACCUCGGGCCUCCUGAGUUUAUUAUUGCCAGAGACCCUUAACGCUCCUUUGCUAGAGACAGUUUCUGACCUUCAGGUGUGUUCAUACCGGAGGCUGGGGGAGGAAGCCCUAUGUUUACAGACCUUGGAUACCCCACAGUCCAUGGACAAGGAGGGCGCUUUCGGGAGUGAGAGCGAAGAGGAGGAGUUCUAUGACGCACAUGAAGAGACUCAGAUGAUCAGGUGAAAA